CUAAAUCUUCCCGUCAAAAUGAGGCCACGGUCGCCCCUCCUCCCAGCUAGCGCGCUCUCUCUCUCUCUCAUCCACAUCGGCUUCAUACGGCGGCGCUGCCGCGGCCCGGCUUAGGUUGUAGCCUGCCGGAUCGAUGGGGCGGCCGGAUCCGUCCAAUCGUGCCUCCAGGUCUCCAUCCGGUCGCGGCAGCAUCAACAGUCUUGCUCGAGUUCCGUCCGAUGGGGAAGAGGAGGGAUCAGAGGCGAUUUUCGUUUCGUAGUUUUUCAGACCCAUCUGCUUGCUUCAGGUUGCUGCUAGUAGCGUUGCGCCAACGAUGAAUUUAUUCGGAUUCUUCCGGGUCAGCAAGAAAAGAGAUUCUCAUUCUCUGCACUACAAUGACCAAGAUAUAACUAACAAUCUUGGUGAUGACGAUGCCAUGAGCAACAUAAAUGGUGGCACCUGGAACUCAGCACUGUACCGAGUUCCCCUGCCAGGCACAUCCAGUGUGGUGGUCGUGAAGAAGUUGCAGAACAGGAGUGGAAGUCCAGUGGAUGCAAGUCUCGACAACCGCUGCCAGUCUGAGGUAAACUUGUUGGGCAGCAUUCACCACGACAACAUCAUCGGUCUUGCAGAUUGCUUGAGGACGAACAACUUCAUCGUGCUCAUCUACAACCACAAGGAGAACGGAAGCCUCCACCGGUGGCUGCACCCUGAUCUCCCCCAGCUGGCUGCACAGGGGUUGGUGCUUGAUUGGCCGACGAGGCGGAACAUCGCCAUCGGCACCGUCGAAGGGCUCUGCUACCUGCACCAUGGACGCAACCACCCCAUUGUGCACCACAACAUCAACUCUGCCAGCAUUUUGCUUGACACCAGCCUAAACCCCAAGAUUGCAGGUUUCGAUUUUGCACGGAUCAACCUUGCUGGACCUGACCAACCAGUGCCAAUCUCAGAGCUCACUGCUGCCAACAUGUUCGGGUACACGGCUCCAGAGUAUGUGACUAUGGUGACCAUCAAGGUUGACGUGUACAGCAUUGGUGUGGUGCUGCUGGAGCUCGUCACCGGGAGGUUGCCUAACGAACCGGUUCUGGACGGCCACUUGGCAACAUGGGCACAAAAUAAUUGUGAACGUCUGAUGGAGAAAACCGGAGAUUUCAGCAAUGUCGUCGACAUGGUCAUCCCGGAUAGAGCGCGGUACAUCAAGGAGAUGGCGGCGAUGUUCAGGCUCGGCGUGGAUUGCACCGUGAAGAAGCCGGAGGAGAGGCCAACCAUACGAGAAGGUCUCUUCCGCCUCCGCAACCGUUGCCGUUGAUUCGGUUUCGCCUGAUAUGUAUGUACUAUUGUACUCCGAGGUCCGUGAUUAUGGGUUGUAUAGUAGUGAUAGCAGAUAACCUAAACAUAACUUACGUUGUGAAUCUGGUAUGUUUCAAAUUGAGAUAAUAACACUGGCGAUACAACAACUUGUACUGCGCAAGCACUUUAGUACAACAACUUGCAAAGUGGGGCCAGGUGGUCCAUUAACUUGUA